AGGGAAAGCAAAGGAGUUUAUUGUAAAAAAUAUAGGAGGGUUUAUCUUUUGAGAAGAGAAGCCCUCUGUCUUGCUCUAUACUUCUUCGUUUGAUGGCGCGUCUUCUUGUAAAACCUCCUUAUCUACAUCUUCGCAUUUUUAUGGCCUCUCGAUGUUUCUCCGCUUGUAACUCUCACUGCUUCUCCUCUCUCUUCUCCAAACCCAGUGUAAAUUUUCCGCUGAGGAGGGUUUCAAGUCAAAUUUUGAUAGGAAAAAAUGUUUUUCCACUGAGGGCAUUCAUGUCGUCUUCUAUUACAACUGAAGCUUUUACAGAAAGCCCCAGCUCAAAGUCUUACGGCUCCGAACAAAUACAGGUUCUUGAAGGCUUAGAAGCUGUUAGGAAAAGGCCAGCUAUGUACAUUGGAAACACAGGACCUCGUGGUUUGCAUCAUUUGGUUUAUGAAAUAUUGGACAAUGCUGUUGAUGAGGCCCAAGCCGGGUAUGCUUCAAAAAUUGAAGUUGUACUGCUUCCAGAUAAUUCUGCCAGCAUCACUGACAAUGGUCGCGGGAUUCCUGCUGACUUGCAUCCUGUGACAAACAAAUCUUCCUUGGAGACAGUAUUGACGGUCUUACAUGCUGGUGGAAAAUUUGGUGGUUCUAGUAGUGGUUAUAGUGUAUCUGGUGGAUUACAUGGUGUGGGUUUAUCCGUUGUUAAUGCCUUAUCUGAGGUAUUAGAAGUUACAGUUUGGCGUGAAGGAAUGGAAUACCAGCAGAAAUAUUCUCGCGGGAAGCCCAUGACAACUCUAACAUGUCAUGUGCUUCCUGUUGAUUCAAAGGACCGCCAGGGGACACGCAUAAGAUUUUGGCCUGACAAAGAAGUAUUUAGCACAGCCAUUCAGUUUGACUACAAUACAAUAGCUGGAAGAAUCAGAGAGCUUGCUUUUCUAAACCCAAAGCUUACAAUCACUCUUAGGAAGGUUGACGUUGACCCAGAGAAGAACCUAUAUAAUGAAUAUUUUUUUGCUGGGGGUUUGGUGGAAUAUGUGAAAUGGUUAAAUACUGAAAAGAAACCACUUCAUGACGUUGUGGGCUUUACAAAGGAAGUAGAUGGAAUUACGAUUGAUUUAGCUCUCCAGUGGUGUUCCGAUGCAUAUUCAGAUACAAUGUUGGGGUAUGCUAACAGCAUACGUACUGUUGAUGGUGGCACACAUAUUGAUGGUGUUAAGGCUUCAUUGACAAGAACUCUCAAUAAUCUUGGGAAGAAAUCAAAAAUUGUGAAGGAUAAGGAUAUUAGUUUAAGUGGUGAACACGUUAGGGAGGGAUUGACAUGCAUUGUCUCAGUCAAAGUUCCAAAUCCAGAGUUUGAAGGGCAAACAAAGACAAGGUUGGGAAAUCCUGAGGUGCGGAAAGUGGUUGAUCAAUCUGUUCAGGAGUAUCUUACUGAAUUUUUGGAGUUGCAUCCAGAUGUACUUGAUUCAAUCCUUUCCAAGUCUCUAAGUGCUCUCAAGGCGGCUCUGGCAGCAAAGAGGGCAAGGGACUUGGUGAGACAAAAGAGUGUAUUGCGGUCAUCAUCGCUUCCAGGAAAAUUGGCUGAUUGCUCAUCCACAAAUCCUGAAGAUUCUGAAAUUUUUAUUGUUGAAGGGGAUUCUGCUGGUGGAAGUGCAAAACAAGGCCGUGAUAGACGCUUUCAGGCUAUUCUGCCUUUGAGAGGAAAAAUUUUGAAUGUUGAAAGAAAGGAUGAGGCAGCAAUGUACAAGAAUGAAGAAAUCCAGAAUCUAAUCCGUGCUCUUGGACUUGGAGUGAAGGGAGAAGAUUUUAAAAAGGAGGCUCUUCGUUAUCACAAGAUCAUCAUCUUAACAGAUGCUGAUGUAGAUGGUGCUCAUAUUCGAACUUUGCUAUUGACAUUUUUCUACAGAUAUCAGAAAACCUUAUAUGAUGAAGGUUGCAUUUACGUUGGUGUUCCACCUCUUUACAAGGUUGAGAGGGGAAAGCAAGUACACCAUUGCUAUGAUGAUGCAGAAUUAAAGAAGCUCCAGAGUUCCUUACCAUCAAAUGCUUCGUACAAUAUUCAGAGGUUCAAAGGCUUGGGAGAGAUGAUGCCUGCACAACUGUGGGAAACAACCAUGGACCCACAGAAAAGACUGCUGAAGCAACUGGCAGUUGAGGAUGCAGCAGAAGCAAAUGUCGUUUUCUCCUCCCUUAUGGGUGCCCGGGUCGACACUCGGAAGGAACUCAUCCAGAAUUCUGCAAACUUGAUUAGUCUGGAUCAGCUUGAUAUUUAGGGUAUCAUUCAGGAUGAGAAUACAAGUUUUUGUACCAAGUAGAUUAGUAAGGAGAUACUUGAUUCCAAUUUAUUCAGUAAAAAAGGGGAGGCCAAGUUAUGUAGGCAUUUAGAUUCAUCGAACUUAUUGUGGGAAUGUUUAACCUAAGUUUUAUAUUAAAAUUUUGCCAUUUACUUCGAAUGUGUUCUUUCCCAGAGUUUGUAUUAAUUAGUAAUGUGUUCAUUUUAAAA